AUGCAGAUGAAGAGGACUACCACGAUGGCGUACCACUUGGGCAGCUCCCCGGGCUCCCCGUUCACCCCAAACUUCACAGCUAUGCAAAUCGCCACCACUAUCUGGGAAAAAUUGAACGAGCAUCUGGAUCCCGCCCUCGAGGAACAAAAACCUCCUCCCCCACUUGUCGACACCGUAAAUCGACACGACGGUCGCCAGCACAUUGACCCCUCCUGUGAUCACCGCCGACAUCAGCGCGGCAUCACCACCGAACCCAAUGGUCUUGAACAGCACGGGCGCGUAAAACAUAAUAACAUUGAUCCCCGUGAGCUGCUGGAAAAAAGGGAUGGCCACGGCCAUCGUGAGAUGGGGCCGGUACUUCUUCUGGAGGAGGUUCCGCCACGGGUGCUCGACUUUCCUCGACUCCUCGCUCGCGGCGACGAGGUCGUCGAACUCCUCGUCGACUUCCGAGACGCCGCGGAUUCGGCGGAGCCUCGAUCGGGCGGCGUCGUGCUGGCCGCGCUCGAUCAUGGAGUUGGGGGUCUCUGGGAGGACGAGGGAGCCGACGGUGAUGAUGAGGGCGGGGACCACCGCGCCGCCGAGGCUGAGGCGCCAGCCCCAGCCGCCGCGGAUUUUGGCGAAGCCGUAGUUGAGGACAUUGGCGGCGAGGAUGCCGAUUGUGAUUGA